ACCCGGACCCUCUUGGUGUUUCUCAGUAGUCUACGGUAGUUCCAUUGAGUUCCUUGAAGUCUGGAUAUCGCCCUGAUUUCGGAUUCUUGUGUGCCUUUACGCUCCUCUCGCUGCGGAGUUUAGUUGAAUUUUUGCCCUUCUAAAUGACGAGUGAAUAAUUGUUACAACGAGUCGCGAAUAGAGCUACGCAAAGAAUGCCGGCUCAAGAAAUAGUAACUCCCCAACCAGCGGAAGUCGAGGAUGCCGCGCCGUCCUCGCAGCCGAUCGUCGGCAUCAUAUACCCUCCCCCGGAGGUUAGGAAUAUCGUUGAUAAGACGGCUAGUUUUGUUGCUAGAAAUGGCCCAGAGUUUGAGUCGAGGAUCCGUCAAAACGAGCUUGGAAACCCAAAGUUCAACUUCCUCAACUUUGGCGAUCCGUAUCAUGCUUAUUAUCAGCACAAAGUUAAGGAAUUCAAGGAGGGAAAGGCACAGGAGCCUGUCAUCGGUCUGGGCGUUGGUAAAGGUGUGAAUCUCACAGCCCACCAGAAACAACAAGAAAUUUUGAAGCAAGUCGAACAGCCGUUCGUACCCAAGGAUCCGCCAGUUGAUUUUGAAUUCAUUGCUGAUCCCCCGUCUAUUUCCGCUCUAGAUUUAGACAUUGUCAAACUGACAGCUCAGUUUGUAGCUCGUAAUGGGCGUCAAUUUUUGACCAAUCUAAUGAAUCGUGAGCAGAGGAAUUUUCAAUUUGACUUUUUGCGUCCUCAGCACUCUCUCUUUCAAUAUUUCACUAAGCUGCUUGAACAGUAUACAAAGGUGCUGAUUCCUCCGAAAGAUUUACUUCCUCGGCUGCGAGAUGAAGCCGCGAACAUGGACAAGAUAUUAGAACAAGUGAAAUAUCGUGCAGAGUGGCUCAAGUAUCAAGAGGCACAGAGGCGUAAAGAGGAAGAGGAAUUAGAGCGAGAAAGAGUUGCUUAUGCUCAAAUUGAUUGGCAUGAUUUUGUUGUCGUUGAAACGGUUGACUACCAACAGUUUGAAGUUGGGAAUUUCCCCGCUCCCACAACUCCGGACGAGGUUGGAGCUCGUGUUUUGAUGCAGGAACGCAUUGAGGAUGGAGAGGAGGUAGAAAUGCAGAUUGAAAGUGACGGGGAUGAAGAGCUCCACUCUCGCGAGGGUGAGAAAGACAGAGCAAAAGAUAACAACCAGGUCCAAGAUAUGGAGGAAGAUUCCAGUGAUGACGACGACGUUUCGCCUCCUGGAGAUUCAAACAGAGGCAAAGACCAGAGACACCGCGAUACCAUGCAACCACCGCCGCUACCUCCAACCCCGGGCAAUGUUGUCGUCAAGAAGGGGUACGAUCCGAAACAACAUGCUUCCGUGAAGAAUACUCGCCCCACUGCGCCAGAUGAGUAUUUGAUAUCUCCUAUAACUGGGGAGAGAAUCCCAGCAAGCAAAGUGCAAGAACACAUGCGAAUUGGUCUGCUGGAUCCUCGCUGGGUGGAGCAGCGUGAUAAGCACCUGGACAAACUGGCCCAAGAGACCGUAUUCGCUCCUGGUACGGCGAUAGAAGCAAGUUUGAAGCAGCUGGCCGAGCGGCGUACGGAUAUUUUCGGUGUGGGAGAUGAGGAGACAGCUAUUGGUAAGAAGAUCGGUGAAGAGGACAAGAAGAAAGACGACAAGGUUACGUGGGACGGUCACACGUCGAGCGUUGAGGCCGCUACGCGCGCCGCUCGCGCUAAUAUUACACUUGAAGAGCAAAUACAUCAAAUCCAUAAGGUUAAAGGCCUUCUGCCCGAUGAGGAAAAGGAGAAAAUCGGGCCUAAACCCGCCACUCGAGCUGCUGAACUUUCCCACAUGGCGGCUGCGGCUUCUAAGCCUCAGGCGACCCUGAAAGCUCCUCCAAAGCCACCCGCGCCCAAACCCGUACCGGUUCCUGCUCAACCACCACCCCCUUCGAUUGGAAUGUCGACGAUGGGUAUUCCGCAACCCAUAAUGCCUCAACCACCUAUGAUGAUGAUGGCACCCAUGCCGCCGAUUCGGCCGCCCCCCUUAAUGACACCAGCGAUGUCGCCGUUCAUGCCAACGCCACCCCCGAUGCAGCCGCCGUUACCAAGUGGGAUUGGUAUAAAGCAUCCUGGCGAGCCAAUGGAAGAAGAACCGCAAGCAAAGAAAUUGCGUACCGAAGAUUCCUUGAUACCGGAGCAACAGUUCUUGGCUAGAAAUAAGGGUCCGGUGCAAGUCAAUAUCGCCGUUCCUAUGAUGACCGAGAAAGCUGAGUGGAAGUUGAACGGACAAACUCUGAACAUCACGCUGCAAUUGAGCGAUACCAUUGCUACAAUGAAGGCAAGCAUUCACGAACAGACUGGAAUGCCGCCUGGGAAACAAAAGCUUCAAUACGAGGGAAUGUUCUUCAAGGACAACAACACUCUCGGUUACUAUAAUUUAGCCUCGGGUAACGUGAUAAACCUUUUACCAAAGGAGCGCGGUGGCAGGAAGAAGUAAAAGUUUUUCAGGAAAGUAUCUUACCAAAGCAAAGCCAUGUAAGCCCCGUCCUCUAGCGGGUUGCAGAAGAUGUGCCCCUCCGUCGCGGUUUUCACCUUUUCAAGCCAUAAAAAGAGAGUGUCGCUAGUGCCCAAACUACAAGCCACAUCUCCGUCCUUGAGUCUCAUUCCUGCGAACAUAGUUGAAAUUUGAUACUACGCUGCGUAGAGGCUAAAUCGAGGACCCGUUACCCACCAAUCAGAGAGCCCGGAUUGUCCCCGGUGAACGCUAUCACUCGGCAUUUUUCAUCGAACCCAAAUCGCUCAACGAGAUACUUCGAAACCGGACCCAAAUUCGUGUAGGAUGGCACGGGACUUCCGAGCCUCUCUCUCAGUCCCGGAGCGCAAGCCUGUGAGGACGAGAAACUGCGUGACGGAGGGAAUUUCAGAGAGAAUAGGUAUGAGAAUUGUUCUCAAUUUUCCGUAAAACGCAGACAAAGAAUUCAGCAAUUGUUGGAAAAACUGGAAAAGAGUCAGGGAACCGUACUUUUUUUGUAUAUCGUUUUCAAACUUCAGCCAUGCUUCGUAAAUUCAGUUAAGCUAACUUUCGAAAAUGGUAUAUCGUUCAAUUUCUAAUUAUUCGUGCGAAGGGAAGCAAUACUAUGCGCAUUUUAAAUCCAAAUUUGUAUAUUCAAUGUGUGCACAACUUCUGGAACUUUUGGUCGUAAAAGCUGCCCAAUAUUACCCAAGUUUCGUGGGAAAACGUCAGGGAUUUCUGAAUUUUUUGACGGGAUAAGACAGGGAGUUAGUUUCAUUUGAUCCAAAUUUUCGCCACCCUGUCCCGGUCUGUUUUGUAUAUCUACGAACCUCUAGAAGCUGAUCACACCAGUCCUUAGUUCGGAUAUCCAGAAGGUUAGUUCCUGACCCGUCGGACAGAUCAAUUGGGGCGAAAUCCCCGAGGAAUAAAGUAGCCGCGAAGCUGCUGACGAGAGAUAUCCUCUGGAAAUGAAUUUCGCAAGUAAAUAUGUGACCAUCAUUUACGUUCUCUUGGUUACGGUACAAAGUAUUGAAUCAAGUCCAGAAAUCAGUUGACUUUAAUUCAUUUCAAUUAAAAAUUUGAAUGUUUCCGAGCAAAUAAUACGAUUUGAAAAUUUCAAUAAUUAGGUCACACCUAGUGUUGUACCUCGGUGCUGGCAUAAGCGUCCGGCUUGUAAUGGGCUAUUUUGGCUAUUUGCGCACCGGAGAACCUUUCGUAAGCUCUGGAUCCUGUUAUUUCUGCCAGUUUCUGGAAAACGGAGAUAGUCGAAGCGUUAGUCAUUCUUCUUAUUUACAUAGGUAAGACAUUCACGUAGCAGGAUACGUAAAUACACAUAGACGUAUACCCAUGCGCUCUCUAGCCAUACGUGCUAUCAGUCACGUCGCAACGUAUGCCAUGAUAAAGAGUCUCAGGAGCCAUACCGCAGCACGGCGGCAAAUAUUAGAGGAAGUAGUUUAGCUCGUUAGCUCGUUUCGCAUCAUGUGUACAACACGGUCACACACGCAUUGGUGCACUAUAUGUAUGGUAUAUUGUGUACGCACCGAGUCACCACGGAAUGAAAUCUUAAUUUGAGUAAGGAUUAGUCUGAUGUAUUACUUGCGGACCGCCCACCGCCUCCUCGAGGAUACGACAUUGCUCCGACGUGCUAGAGUCCAUCCAAACCGGCGACAGACCGACCGAAAAAAACGUCGCCAGUUGCUCGUGCAAAAACUUGUCCGGAUCCAAAUUUUUCAACUGAUUGCCGCUUCCUUUUCCCCAGUAAACCGUACCGUGUUGCUGUUUUCGUUUUUCACGCCAAGGGCGAAAAAAUUCUAUUAAUCGUUAACUAAUAUCAGGAUCCGACAUAUCGGAGGAUACGUCGUCUCAUUGAGACCUAGAUUUUUGUAUCUCCGUGUCGGCAAUAACGUAAAGUUUCUCACCUGCGUGCUACCGGAAAUCGCGGCGACUUUUGUAAAGUCGACACCGCAGACCCGCAAUUUGUCGAGAAUCAUGUCCAGGGCUUUUACCCACAUCAGGGUGGGAGCCACCCUGAGCAAGGGAUCGCUUUUGUUCUGAACAACUCCUCCGUAGGUUCUGAAAAGAGUCAGUUUUACAAAGAAUAUAUUUCAGAUAAUCAAGCCACCGAUCCUCGAAUGUUAUUUAUUGAACAAUAUGGGUACAAGGGUCGCACGGUAAGUGGGCAUAUUUUUACACUCUUUAUUUUCCCCCCGCUUAUCUCAAAUUACUCAUUACCUAAACUCCGGUAAAUCAUUGUCGAACUGCACGCUAGUCUCGUGAAGAACCUUCAGGUUCUCGUCCACCACAACAGCUUUCAACUGAAAGAAAAUGAAAUGAAGAUUAAAUUUUGGGGAGAUUUUUUUAAAACUUAAUUUUCGUUUUAUUCCCUUUUACAUCGCAAGAAUUCCGUUAUCCCCGAUCGAUGGGUAACUAAAAGUUCUAAUCAUCUCACAUGCAGUAUAGAAAUACAGCCUUUUGUACUUCUGUUUCAAGUGGCGAUGGCCGCUGAGUUAAAAAUAAUCGAUUAACCGAUCAUUUCGUAUUGUUUUGAAACGUCGCAUAAUAAACCAAAAUUACGUAAAUUUCGGUACGUAGUCUUGAUAGUGAAAAA